GCUGCGCUGCUCUCCAAAGGUUUCCGCUACUUAAGUCGGUGUGGACAAGCGGAUCAGCUUAGUUGCUUUUUGGACCUCGUUCUGAGCAGUCUGUCCUCGAUAUUUAUAGUUCUACCUUUGCUGGCCCUUCUUGUUGCUCUGUUGGUAACACCAUGUGAUGCUUGCUUUCGUGGAGGCCUGGAUAAAAGCAGCUGCAGCGGGCCAUUCAAAGUAUUGAUCACGAGCCCGGAGGUGCUCGACGCGGCCAUUGACCUAUUGGAGGAGGAAUAUGAGUUGGUGCCUGUGGGUGUGCCGCCCACACUUGCUGAUAUCAUGGUGAAGAUCCGCGGAGUCCAUGGCGUCCUGUGGGCCGUAAAUCAGACCCUCAAUGCCACGGUUCUCGAUGAGGCAGGACCCCAGCUAAAGGCCAUCUCAACCAUGACCCCUGGCACCGAAUUUGUUGAUCUUGAGGAGGUGAUAAUGUAUAUAUAUGUAUAUGAAUUAUCCUUCGCUUGGCUUAGCGGUAAGUGGGACAAUAAUAGUGUGAACCUGUUGCUGGGCCAGGAUGGUGUACGAUUCGGUGGUUGGUCUGGCUUCCACAUCGGUCAGGUGUUCUACACCUCACUAAGUCGGGUUCAUAAGGAUAUCGAGCAAGUGUACAAUGCCUAGCAAGUGGGAUUCAAUGAGCUGCUGGGUAAGAGCGAUUUCGUGGUCAUCACAGAACCACUCAAAGCUGGCGCACAGGGCGUCUUUAAUGCCGACGCCUUCAACAAGAUGAAGAAUACGGCUGUACUAAUCAACGUUGCAAACGGCAACCCUGUUAAUCAGACUGAUCUGUACAAAGCGCUCAGUACGAAUCGCAUCUUUGUCGCUGGUCUCGAUGUUUUCGAUCCUGAACCACUGUCAAUCGCUAGUGAUCUGCUAAAACUCAACAAUAUCAUUCUUCUGUCCCACAUUGGAUCUGCCUCCCAUCGCACUCGCUCCGACAUGGCCACUAUAGCCGCUCGAAAUAUUCUGAGCGGAUUGGCGGGUGAGCCCAUGCCCUCGCCGGCUUACUAGGAAACCUACGGGAAUACUAUGGGAGAAUUGGAAUGGAAAAAUUAUGGUAAAUCUAGAAAGCCUGCAAA